AUGGACCACAGCAUCUCGGGAUCCUCUGACAUGAGUAACUCCACAGAUAUGUUGACUGUCCUGACUGGUACAACAGCCACAGACUUGCACAACCUUACCAGCACUUCUCCAGUGAUAGGCCUCACCAAGGGAGUUCGACCCGAACCAGAAGGAGAGGUGUCUGUUCGUUUCCCUGAGACUUUCGGAACCCAGCAAGAAAAGGACAACAUUACUGACCAAGAUGACUCCGGGCUUGAGUCAGAUCUGCUCUGUCUCUCUUCAAGAUGCCUUUCAACCAAAUUUCACCCCUCACCAGGGAAACAACCAGGUUCUGUACAUUUGGAUAGUCAUGAUGGCAACAGCCUGUCUGAUCUUUCCCUUGACAGAGGCCUGAACCAGGAGGACAUGGAGAAGAUCAGUUCUGGUCUGGUCCAACAGGUCAUAAAAGUAGCUGCAGAGGAAUGGAAAUACCAGGGACCCAGAAAACCAUUUGAGCUUGCUGGUGUUUCAAGACCUCUGGAAGAUGGUGUUCAGUCUGAUGUUCAAUCUCAAGUCUUAUUUCAGCAGCAAAACUUCAGUGAACAUAGCAGUGAUGGCAGCAGCAGGGACCCUCAUCAGGACACCGGCUCGUUCAGGAGAAAAAUAUUAAGCCAUUUGGGAGCUUCAGUUGGAGAAGACUCUGGAUGCAGUUCCUGCUUCUCAGAAGAUGCAUCCGGUGCAGAGGGGCUCACCGGUGAUCUGUCUGAAGAGGGUCAAGGUUUUUUGGUCAACCCCACUUGGCCAGACACUGUAUAUGUUGAAAGCAAUGUGACUCCCAGUAUCCAUGAAGUGGCAGAGGUGGUGGAUGAGACCUGGAGAGGUUCUUCUGUUAAUAGUUUAAGCUGCAUUAGUGCUGAUAACCAGGUUCGCAGUGCUGCCUUAACUCCGCCUCCAGCCCCACCCAUCAUUCUCUGGGAUAUAGAGGUGCCUGCGUAUCUGGUUGGUCGAUUGAUCGGGAAGCAGGGCAAGUUUGUGAAUUUUCUGAAGCAGAGCUCUGGAGCGAAAAUCUAUGUCUCCACCCUACCGUUCACUCAGGACAUUCAGAUCUGCCACAUUCAGGGUGAGUUUGAAAGCAGAGACCAUCAAACCUUCAUGCUGAAGGCAAGCGUUGACUUCCUGGCUGUCUUUGUGUUCUUGCAGGCUCACAGCAGCAGGUGGAUGAUGCUCUCUCUCUCAUCAGGAAGAAAUUUAAAGAUCUGA